CCCCCUCUCAGUAGGGAAGAUGGCGUCCCAGAAGCGCAUUUUGUUUGAGAGGGAGUCGACAUUGUGGCAAGAUCUGGACGACUCCUUGACGCAAGUGCCGCUCGUGAGCGAGAAGUCCUUUCAUCCGCUCCAGCCACGGCUGGCAACUCUCAAGGAGGAUGCAUCCCUGCCUGACGACGAAGCGCAUCACGUCCAUGCGCAGCCCCAGCCAGAGCCAGGCCCUGCUGUCUCUCUGUCAGCCACAGCCGCAGCCAUCGAGCCCUCAUACGCACCGCAGCACGAUGACAGGACCGCCGCAGCUGGAGAGGGAGAAUACGAGGAGGAUGCUAGUGCCAGUGCGUCCUCCCUCGUGAUCGUUGAGCGCCUCUCGUCUCGCCUGCGUGGCCUCGUGCCAGCCGAUUCUGAACCGUCUGUCAUCGCCCCCCGUGAUCAUGAUGAUUCAGUAGUGGAGGGGGGUGAAGACGAGAGACCGUCCAGGAGAGAGAGAGUGUUGGCGUUAUUCGGCGUGAGUGUUGGUGAGGGGUCGAUUGCUGAGCUGCCCCUGCUGCAGGAGACGGUGAACAAGCAGGCCCAGGCCGUGCAGCAGGAGGGAGAGGGGAGGGGGCUGCUGUGUCGGUGUGGGAGCAUGACCACUGAGUCGACGGCUGCCAGCACUGCCCCGGCCACAUCCGCCCUGGCGCUGAUCGAUGAGGUGACGAGUCAAGUGAGACAGGCACGGCAAGACGCCAUCGAGUGAGUCAGUGGAUGGGCUUGUCAGCCGCGCACCCCAGUCUAAUUAACACCCAUCCACUGCCUGCCCUGCAUGUCUUAAUGUCUCUCUCUCUGUCACGGAUGCAGGGAGAGUCUGGCCAACGAAGACUUCCUGCGGCACAUCCUCGAGCGACUCGAGAAGUUCCGUCCAGCAGCACACGACCAGCUGGACACGAGCCUCCCCGCCCCAUUGGACGCCACACCCACCCCGCCACUCACGCACGCCGCGAAAACGCCGCUUGACGAGAGGGAGAAGAGCUUUCACAGUCGCAUGUCGCGACUCCUCGACAACACCGAGGUCGAGGACGCCCUCGAGGCCCUUGACGCCGAGGGGUCUCUGGCCGAUGAGGAGGCCGGCGGGGGUGAGGGCGGUGAGGGUGCUCGUGAUAGAGAGACGUUGUCUGCAGGCGAUGUGGUAGGCAGGCUGCAGAGGGGCGGCGAUGAGGAUAUGCGUGAGGUGCUGCAGUGGGCCAUUGAUGUCGACGAGCGGCUCAGAGAGGCCAGGCUGAAACACCAGGGUGUGUAUGUUGGUGCAGACAUGGAAGGAGUGAGUGUAUGUGUGUGUGUGUGUUGUGUGGCCACCCUCCCAGGUCUUGUCAAUCACCUCAGUGAGAUCAGGCGAAACCAGCAAGGUGCGAAGCUACGGGAGCUGCCCUUUUGGUCGGUCGGUGUACCUGGGUUGGUUGGAUUGUGCGUGUCGCCCCUUCUGUCUGUCUGUCUGUCUGUCUAGACCAGGAGGCCAUCUUCGAAGCCAUGAAGACACACACUGAUGGUGGGUGGUGGGUGGGUCAAUGGGCGCCCUGGGCGACUGACUGACCUCAAGUCAUGUCUCUGCUCGUGCGUGCGUGCGUGUGUGCGUGCACAGCGCUCGUCGACAGGAAAGACGGCUUGGAAGAGGAGAUACAGGGUGGGGAAGAAACAAGAGGACCUCCUCCGUAUGCUGGGACUGCCGCUGCUGCCGUGCCGUGGUCUGUCAGAUUUGUUGUCGGCCACGAUGCUCUCGGAGGCGGAGAUCACCAGCCGGUUCGACCAGCUGCUCAAGGACCACGAAGGUCAGUCCGUCGUUCACAGCGCGGGCAGAGAUAUCUAUCGGCAGGAGAGAGACACACACAGCCGACCGACUGGCGGGGGGUUGGUGUAUGUGUGUGUGUUGCAGCUGCUCGCGAGUCGCACAGGGGUCUGAGGAAGGAGCUGCGCGAAACAUGCUCGGCAUACAGGCAGCGCGUCAACGGUGAGGGAGGGAGGGAGCCCGGCCCAUGUUGGGGGAUGUGGUGUCUCAUGUCUCUUACUGUCGUCUCUCGAUAAGAUUUGAGGAGGACCAACACAACGUUGCGAGAUGAGCUCAUCGGUGGGUCGGUGGGCUGAUGAACGAAUGAGUGGGUGGGGUGGGGUUGGCAGCCAUGGGCACAGCUGUCUGUCUACCCAUACCAUACCUGAGUGAAGUGUGAUGGCGCGUGUCUCUUCUCUCUCAUGUGCAGGCUUGCUGCGGCGUGAUGUGAAUCUGCAAGAUGCCUUCAGGGCCUACAGCAAGCGGGCGGCCGCGCUCAUCACGGCCAGAGAGCACCGCCCUGGCGGCACUGUGCCCCUCGUACAACAGCUCGCUCUUGAUUGAUGACAUACAUGGGUAUUUUAUGUGUUGUGAGACGGACAGACGGAUGCAUAACUUGGGGAUGGGUGCAUGGGUCCACCUGCACCUAGGAGUCUUGUCUUGUCCAGUCUUGUGUUUUGUGUCGGGGGACUGCAUAGCAUACUAGCACACCUACAAAAGGCACGCACGAUACAAUACGAUCAACACAUGCAGAUGC